AGGCAGCAGGGGAGGGAAGCGGCCAGGGGAAGGAAAUGAAAGGGGACGGGAUUGAGCUGUAGCCGUGGACCAGGUACGGGGCGAGCUGCCAGAGGAGUCGGCUGAGACCGUACAUUCAUUGAUUUUUGUUCUGGAACCGACUUCACAUUAAGUUCGGGGGAUUCAGACGUCUCUCCAUCUACAUUCUGAGAUCCAACCCUGGAAUUUUGUGCAAAACCAUCGCUCCCAGAACUUUGUGUUACCGGAACUAGGUGCGGAAGUUCUUUUUGUUGCCACCCGACGCAACUCUCAAGUCACGCUUCCGGCGAGGGAAAAUGGCCGCGGCCGUUCAAAACUCACGUGUGAGUGCGGGGAAGAAGCUGAAAAAUUCCCUGAAGAAAAAGAAGAAGAUGAAAAUGGUGGCCAGGGCUGUGACAUCGAAGCUGGAAGAUGAGGUCAGAGACGCUUCUGAUAGUGGAGGUUCUGUAGGAAGCUAUGAAUCAGAAGAGAAUCAUAUGUCUGAUGAUGAAGCAGUAGAAGCUGACAAUGAGGAUGAGGUUGAACCCUGUGACAAAGAAGAUGAAAAUGCUGCAGAAUCAAAUGCUGGGACUAAUAUGGGCUGGGCAGAUGCCAUGGCUAAAAUCCUAAACAAAAAAACUCCUAAAAGUAAAUCCACCAUUCUCAUCAAAAACAAAGAGCUGGAAAAGGAAAAAGAGAAGUUAAAGCUAGAAAGACUAGAGAAAAGAAAGCAGCUUGAUAAGAAGCGGGAGUGGGAAAUGAUGUGCAGAGUAAAGCCAGAUGUCGUCAGAGACAAAGAAACUGAGAGAAAUCUUCAGAGAAUUGCAACAAGGGGUGUGGUGCAGUUAUUUAAUGCUGUUCAGAAGCAUCAAAAGAAUGUUGAUGAAAAGGUUAAAGAAGCAGGAGGUUCUAUUAGAAAGCAUGCUAAGUUGAUAUCAUCUGUUUCCAAGAAAGAUUUUAUCAGUGUUCUGAGAGGAAUGGAUGACAAAAGUUCAGCUGGGAAGAACCCAAAAGCCAAACAGACUGAAGUGAAAUCAGAAGAGGGCCCAGGUUGGACAAUUCUUCGUGAUGAUUUCAUGAUGGGUGCAUCCAUGAAAGACUGGGACAAGGAAAGCGAUGGGCCAGAGAACAGCAGACCAGGAUCUGCAAGUGACUCUGACACAUAAAGCAGUAUAGGAAGCAAAAUUUACAGUAAUUUUAUUUUUUCUAGAAAAAUACUUCAUCCUGUGACAGUUGAGGAAUUAUAAGGGUAGCAUUUGAGGAAUGGAAGGAGUCAAAAAAAUUUUAGCAACUUUAGUGUUUCCCCUUUUCACAUGAAAUUUGUUAAAAUUAUAUUUUCAACUCUUACAUAUUUUAAGCAUUUUUAUUCAAAACAUUUAUAAAGAGAAGUAUUAUUUCUAUUUGGCCUACAUUUUUCUGGGAUCAUUAUAUGUGUACACAUAUUGAUCAUGUCUAUUGGUAUAUUGUAUAUUGGUAUAUUGGUAAUAUCACCAGUGUUUGUAGAAAUGUAUUAGCAAUUCAUAAUUAAAAUGAGUGCUCUGAAGUUAAUAUUCCUCUGCCUUCUAACUCUUAGAUCUGUGUAGUUCAGGGGAAUAAUUGAUGUCAUUUUGUUUGUUUGUUUGUUAAGCUGUUGAGAGGGAAAAAAAAAAAACUAAAAUUUAAAAUUGUAGUGUUUCUGAUUUGGGGGUGUUGGUAUUUAGAUAAGCUGGUAUGUGCAAUUUAAGAAAUGUCAGAUUUCUACUUUUUUAUUACCUCCUGUUUGUACUGAAUGAUAUAAAGACAUUUAAGUGUUAGAUUAUUUUUGCAUGAGAAUACUGAGGUGGAAAUUCUUGUGUAAUUUUUUUUAAUAAACAAUUUCUUAGGAAGCUUAUUGGAAAUGUUUUAGUAUCUCUUUCCCUUCCUUGUCUCCCUCCUUUUUUCUUUGUCUCUUUGCCUUGAACAAUUUAGUUAGUAUAAAUUCUUUUAUGGAUUAUCUGCAAAGUGAUAAGAAUCAGAAGACAAUCUGCAUCAGAUACUGCAUCUAAUAUGAGACUUGUUUCCAUAUCACAUUGAAGGUGAUUAUAUUGGAUGACUUUCAUAUCUAGUUGUUAAAAAGAGAAGAGAAAGUAAAACUUUAUUAAUCAUUUCAAAAUUUCUGGGAAACUUGGCCCAAGAUCUAAAGUAAGAGAAUUAUUUAAAAAAUUUGAUCUAUUCCUUUCUGAAAAGGAUCCAUCCCUUUCCCCAGUUUUCCAUAGUAAAAAUCAGUUUCCUUCCCCCCCCACAGUUGUACAUACUUGCAUCUGUUAUAUAUUGAAGAACAAUCCUACACCAAAAACAAUGUGCCAGAGUAGAGAUGUUUAUAUUUUCAAAUAAGUAUUAUAUGACUAAAGUUAAAUUAGACCAUGACUUGGUAUUUGUUAUCAUAAAGGAAAGUAUACACUCAAGAUAUCAAGUGGUUAAAACAGCAAAGCUCAAAAUGCAUUUUUUUAUUUAUCUCAACUUUUGAACUUUAGUGUCUUAUUAAAUCAUAGAGCUGCCAUUUUGUUAUUUUAAUAUAAAUAAAUGUGAACCAAAAAUCCUCAGUAGUAAUGCAGGAAUGCUUAAUAUCCUGAUAUAACUUAACACAGAUUAUAUAUUUAAAUAGACCCUAUAGUUAAUUUUGAAAAAAAUUGUUUAGCCCCUAAAAUCUUGUCACCCCAGAAUUAGAGAUUAUACUGUAUUGCCUUUUAGUGUAGCACCUAUAAACUUCUUUUCCUAGAACUAGAGAUUAUACUGUAUUGUCUUUUAUUAAACUGUUUUUAGCUCAUACUAAGUUUUUGCAAGUUUUUCAGAACAGCACAUUCAAGUGAUAAAAAUAGGUAAAUAGCUUUUUGUUUAUUAAUAAGUUGUUUUAAAACAUGCUCAUUCAUAAUUUUUCAUUUAAUUUAGAAAAAUUGAACAAGAUUUUAAAAUUGGAAAUGAGAAUAUUUGUUGAUUUUUCUUUUUUUCAACUUGGCAAUAAAAUUGAGGUGCUACUGUAAGGAAAGAAGUCCCUUGUUAGAAGGCUAUGAAAAAUUAGUAUAUAGAUCAGAUGUAUUCUGUAUGUUAAUAUUUCUAUAUAUUGGCUAUAAAAUAUUUAAGAAAAAUCACUAUGUGGAAAUAAUCUAAACUAACAUGCCCACAUGCUAAAAUGUUUAGAAACCAAGCGUGUAACUCUACAUGGUUGUUUUAAAUAGUCUAGCUCUGUCACCUCUAUCCUUAUUACUUUACAUUACAACCUUUAAAUUCUUCUGACAUCAAUUAGAUGAAGAAUUCUGUGUCUAGUUCAUCUUUCUACAUUGUCUUUGGAUUCUAUAAGGAGGGGAAAGAGAAAGAACUGCAAUCCUGUUCUACUACCUCUUCAUUUAUCUAAACAUAAUACUAUUAGAAUUUUCUUUUGGGUAACUAGAGUAAUCUGGUAAAGAAAUUAUUUAGAAAUAACUAUGCAAAAUAAUAGCCAAUAAUUCAAAGGUAUUUUUCCCUUGUCUGAAUAUUUAGAAGAUUUCCCUUGUCUGAAUAUUGUCCAUACUUAGUAUAGUAUACCAUUGGUUAUGGUUUUAAGCACUGAAAUUUGAAAAUCAAAAGUAUUACUUGUUUAAGACUGGAAAUAACUUAGAAUUAUUGUAGUUUAGCACUUUAGGGUGGCAGUUCAGAACAUUAAAUCUGUGUACUAACUUUAUUUUCAAUAUACCUAGAAUUCUUCAUGGCUCAAGAAUUAUUUCACUGAUUCCAAAGUAUGCCUUCAAAACUCUUCAGAUGGAAUAGUUCAGACACUUACCUUCAGUACUGGGAGUCUAAUAUGAUUCAUUAAAAGGUUCUGGAAGGCUUGAGGGCAAGUCCAAAUUCUUUAAAAUAGUUUAUCUUUUAAAACAGGUGGGUGAAGAAAGAGGUAAGUUUGGAAAACCUCUUUGGGAUUUUUAAUCAAUGUGUUAGGCAUGUAUGAAUAUACUUUAUAUUCAGUGGUCACCAACUAAACUAAUCCUGCUACCUCUGCUGGUCUUAAGAGCACAUGAGUACUACAGUACUUUAUUUUAAAACCAUUGGAUUAUGGUUUAUAGAUGACUAAAGAUGUUCUGUGGAAAUGUAAAUGCAGAGAAGGCAUUAGGUUGAAGUGUGAACAGAAACAUGGACAAACUGAAAGCAUGUAUUGCCAAGAGUUAAAGGAAUUAUAAAAUCUGAGAAAAUGCUUAAUAUGGGAUCUUCAAGGAGCAUACACACUUCUAUAGAAAAGAUAGUAGAUCAGAUAAAUAAACUGGUACUUUUGCAUCCUUUGGAUAACUUUUUUCCUUUUAAUAUGUAUGUUUUUGUUUUAUUAUAGAUUUGUAUUAAUAUGUGUAUUGAAAGAGUCAUAAAUGAAAUGGGAAAGUGUUCUUUUAUAUCUGUUAAUGACUAUAUGGUACCAUUGCUGUGCUUAGUAUAUUGUUUGUACCACAUUCGUUUCAAACAUUUAAAAAUUUAAUAUAUGUAUGUUUUAACAUUUAUAAUGUUUUUAAUAUAUACAAAUAUUUUAUUUGUUUGUUUGUUUGUUUGGUGUGGU